GCUCAAUGUCAGGGUCAGAAUCGAGAACGAUACAGAUGAUGACCGAGGUUGUGUAACGUUUAUCAGUUUAUUAAUACACAUAAAUUCUUCAUGUACACAAUCCCAGUGUUCUAAUGUUAGAGCACGGCCAGUAGCUACCACAUGAGACUACCUCUCGGUAUGAGCGCAGACCGGAGUCUGCGCAGAUUGAGAAACCUCAAUAGCCUGUUAUGGGUGGGGAAAGGUGGCUCACCUGGCACUGCUGUGCUAAGGAUCGAACCGUGCAGAGCGUGCUCGAAGACUAUCAAGGAUACAGGUCGCGUCAGCAUUGGUGAUAUUAGUAUAGCUGUCCUUCCUCCCAAGAACCCAGCUUUGGUGCCCAAACAGUAUCUUUCUGAGAAAUUACCCCAAUCUUUGCUACAGCACUUAAGAUGGAUCAUGCAAAAAGACCAGUUGGGACAAGACGUGUUUCUGAUUGGUGGACCAGGCCCUCUACGUCGCCAGCUUGCCAUGAUGUACCUGGAGUUAACUAAGCGAGAGGGGGAGUAUGUUUGCCUAUCAAGGGACACAACAGAGUCGGACCUGAAGCAGCGACGGGAAAUUCAGGGAGAGAGUGCGUUCUAUGUUGACCAGUCUGCAGUGAGGGCAGCCAUAAAUGGCCACAUCCUGAUACUGGAAGGCAUAGAGAAGGCCGAGCGGAAUGUGCUGCCCAUCCUGAACAACCUGCUGGAGAACAGAGAGAUGCAGCUUGAGGAUGGACGCUUCCUAUUGGCUGCCCAGAGAUAUGAUAAACUGCUGUUGGAUCACACAAAGGAGGAGCUUGACAGUCUAAAGCUUGUACGAGUCAAUGAGAGAUUCCGAGUUAUUGCCCUUGGAUUGCCCGUGCCCAGUUACCAGGGAAACCCACUUGACCCGCCCCUUAGGUCACGAUUUCAGGCCCGGGACGUAAACCCUCUACCAUUCAAUGAGACACUGGAGUUGCUGCAAGAAUGUGGUCCCCAAGCAGAUGUGGAGCGGUUGAAUCAGAUGUUGAUGUUUGCCUCGACCAUGUUGACCAGCGAGUCCACCUCCUUGGGACUUCCCGACUUUCCAAUCACCAAUCUACCUGAGCUUGCUAAAAUACUGAAUGUAAUGCCAGGUGCAGACAUACAUUCACUACUACAGAGGUUAUAUCCAUACAAUGUGAUGCUGGGCAAAGAAGGUCAGACUGCUGUACAAGGAACUCUUAAGAGGUUUGAUGUGCCUCUGUCCAGAGAUGAAGGCUAUCUUAUACAGUCUGUGGACAGGCAGAUAGAUUCUGCAAUGGUGUCUCUUGUAAAGGGAAGAAAGACAAGCAAAUUAAAGGUUGCUGCAGGCAGUUCCAGUGGGGGCAAUGACAGCAAGUUCAUAUCUACGGCGUAUCAUGACAGUUUUAUGGCCGACAUGCUCACGUCACAUCAUGUAAAGGACUUCUGUAUUAUCGGACCUAGGGGUUGUGGCAAAUCAGCUUUAAUGAAGAAGUUUGCGGCCCUGCUAGGGUACCAUGUGGAGCCAAUCAUGUUGUACCAGGACAUGACCUCCCGUGACCUUUUACAACAGCGCACGACCCUUAGCAACGGAGACACUGCAUGGCGACUGUCACCCUUAGUUACCGCAGCAAUGGAGGGCAGUUUGGCAGUAUUGGAUGGAGUGCACAGGAUUAAUGCUGGCUCAUUUUCUGUGCUUCAAAGAUUGGUUCACGAGAGAGAAUUGCAGUUGUUUGACGGAACCAGACUGGUUGGCAAGGACAGAUAUGAGCUCAUCAAGUCAGAACAUAACUUAAACGAUGAGGAUAUGAAAGAAAGGAACAUCCUAUCCAUUCACCCUUCAUUCCGGAUCUUGGCCCUGGCUGAGCCCCCCGUGGUGGGGUGCAGCUCCCAGCAGUGGCUGUCCCCUGAGAUGUUGACCCUCUUCCUGUACCACAACAUGAGGCCCCUCUCCCAGACAGAGGAACAGGCCGUUAUAUCACAGCUGGUUCCCAACUGCCCUGACCUCUCCAAAUUGUUAUCCUUUGCUCACAAACUGCGGAAUUCCUCUGAUCCUACUGUAAGUACCUUGAGUCCAAUCAUGUGUCCUCUAUUCGCUGCCUCACUGUCCACACGUCAGCUGAUCAGGGUUGCUAGGCGCCUGGCCAGCUUCCAUUCAGAAGACCUUUACGCUGUCAUACAGAAGGCAUGUCUCGCAAGGUUUCUGCCUCGCCUUGCCAAGACUGCACUGGAGCAAUCGCUGGAAGAGUCGGGAAUAUUUCCUGUGAAACCUGAGUUGAAGUCCAUAGAUGGCAUUGAGAAGUCCAUUACAUGCGAGGUCAAAGGUGACACACUGAGGAUCGGGAACACAGAGGUCAAGGUGUACAAUCCUGACAAUAAAACUAAAGUACCAGAUGUUCUCUUCUAUGAAAAUAGCCAGCACCUGGCUGUGAUGGAGGACAUGUUAAAAGACUUCACGCUGGGAGAGCAGCUGCUACUAGUGGGCAACCAGGGGGUGGGGAAGAACAAGAUCGUGGACCGCUUCCUUCAUGUGCUCAACAGGCCUCGCGAAUACAUCCAGCUACACAGGGAUACCACAGUGCAGACGUUGACUCUACAGCCCACUGUACAGGAUGGAGUGAUCAUAUACGAGGACUCCCCAUUGGUUAGAGCAGUAAAGCAGGGACACGUCCUGGUGGUAGAUGAGGCUGAUAAGGCCCCGACACACGUGACAUGCAUAUUGAAAACACUGAUAGAGAGCGGGGAAAUGCAUCUGGCAGAUGGGCGGAGAAUAGUUUCUGCAACCUCAGGCCUGCAGGCUAGUCCUCAGGUAAUAGUGGCCCACCCAGACUUCCGGAUGAUCGUCCUGGCCAACAGACCAGGCUUCCCUUUCCUGGGCAACGACUUCUUUGGAGCCAUGGGUGACAUAUUCAGCUGCCACGCGAUUGACAACCCAGACAAGGACUCAGAGAUGUCCAUGCUGCGACAGUACGGGCCUGAUGUCCCAGAGCCCAUACUUGAGAAACUCGUGCUAUCGUUUGGGGAACUCCGGGAGAUGGCCGACCAGGGACUCAUUGCCUACCCGUACUCCACCAGAGAGGUCGUCAACAUGGUCAGGCAUUUACAGAAAUACCCAAAUGAAGGCCUGACCUCGGUGAUAAAGAACGUGUUUGACUUUGACUCGUACAACAGUGAGCUGAGGGAGGUUCUGAUCACCACAAUGCAGAAACAUGGCAUCCCCCUGAGCGCCAGCGCUGACAGCAUCAAACUGGCCAAGGAGUUCCCCUUGCCUGACCUUGAACUUGUGGGUCACUGGAAGAUUCAAGGUCAAGGUCAGAGAAAGGUCACCUCCCUGAUGGCUUUGCCCGUGGAGACUUCUAGACUUGGUGUAAAAGGCCCCGUUUCCCUUCGUGUGGAGUCACUUUCGUUUGAGCGCACAGAAUCACGUGCCAAAUCGUUCAGCGAACAGGAAGCCUUCUGGAAUGUCCCAGUGCAUGAGACGAACAUCAUCAGUGACCUCACAGUCUCAUUGGCUGCCUUCAGAAGUCCUGGCCACAACAAGAAUGACAUCAUUCACGUGGGCACAGCCAACCCAGUGGGUCUCUACUCCAUGAACCCCCGCACUCAGACGGCCAGCUUCCUGGACAUGUAUGACGUGUUUCCCAUGGUUACCGGCUCCUACCGCCCUCACGUGCGUAUCCAAGCACUGGGGGCACCACUUGACGACACUGUGAUCCUGCACGAGGAAGUGACCAACACAAUCCUGUCUGUGAAUUUCGAGACGGGCGAGGUGAACCGACUGUUGUGCCCUUCACUCCAACAGACGCAGCCGGAAAAACGAAAGUUCACCAGCCCUACACAGACCAAAACCAGUCCCUACCGGAUGUGUAAGAGCACAUUACCAGAUGAGUUUGGCACUGUGGUAUUCUACAAACAGAAUGAGGACUUCCUGGAGGUGUUGGGCCUGCUGGAGGGUGUGGUCAACACCGUGCCCCUCCCACUGCAUGUGCAGCACGUGCACCAGGUUGCAGCCCAGCAGUGGAUGUGCGUGGAGUCGGGGACCAACAAGAAGUUUCUUGUGACACGUUCAGCUCUGGAGGAUUACCAGUUACAGAGCAUGGAUGAAGAUCCGGUCUCCCAGGUGCUGAAAGUUUCCUCAAUGCCGAUGAAUGAAGCCGUCCUAUCAGCUGCCAUGAGGAAACCCACUUCCGGUCCAAACCGGAUGUUGGUGACGUCAGACUCCUAUGCAACAGUGGCUCUUGGAUUUCCAGACACAGACGCGGCGACGCUCUACCGUAGCCCCCGGGCUCCCACUGAAGACUCCCUCCUCCCCUCCGUGUUGAAGGGCAACAAGCCAGGGACGCCAAGCGCCUCCCCUUCCAUCGUGUACCUGCCGCAGUGUGGCCAGGUGGUCCGAGCAAUGCCCAACUGGAAGGCACCCGAAGAUGUAGUGCCUAAAGAUCAACGAGCGAACAUCAGUGGAUUUCUAGAAGUCACAGAUUUGCCCAACCAGAAACUUCGUUACAUCGCUGUUCCUGGGGCUACACGCCAGUCGCCAUACGCCUCUUGGCUGUUCAACAUCAGCGAGACGAGCGUCCUUUUGGCCGGCACCAGCAAUGACGGCCUGGUCACGGUUGACGUGGGCGGCUGCGUGCGCCUAUGGGAGACGGGACUGGCCAAUCUGGACAGAUCCCUUGUGGAGUGGAAACGCAUGAUCGGCUUUCAGGACUCCAAACCGCUGCAGGUAACAUAUGAACGCGACAGUGACAGGACAGCAGAUAGUCCAAAACACGGCAAGACAGACGACAAAAACGAGCCUCACGUUGGCGGGAACACGUGGGCAGGUGGAACCGGGGGCAGCAGUACCGCCGGCCUUGGCGGCUUUGGGGGUCCGUACCGACUGGACGCCGGUCAUAGCGUUGCGCAGGUACCUCAGUAUAAGAAGGACGAGGUACCGGAACACGUGAGGAAAGCUGCCAGAGAGAUGGCCCAGAAAGCGUUCAAAGAAAGACUUCGAGAGAUACAGAUGAGCGACUAUGAUGCAGAGACGUACGAGGGUUUCUCCGGUCAUGUCCGGAGACAGGUCCAGUCAUUAAGGGUCAUACUGGACAGUCUACAGGCCAAGAGCAAGGAACGCCAGUGGCUGAAGAACCAGACGUACGGAGAUCUGGACGACGCCACUAUAGACGGCAUCACCGGCGAGAAAACCGUCUACAAACGGCGCGGAGAGAAGGAACCAGAGAUGGGAGCGCAGCAGGAACACCCAAAGAAGCUGCGCCUUCUGGUCGACGUGUCCGGAAGUAUGUACCGCUUCAACGGGCAUGACGGUCGACUGGAACGCGAGAUGGAGACCGCUAUCAUGGCCAUGGAGGCGCUCGAAGGAUUUGAGGAAAAAAUCAAGUACGACAUUGUGGGCCACUCCGGUGAAGAUCAUCACGUUCAGUUGACCUCCUUUGACAAACCGCCUAAGAACAACAAGGAGCGCCUACAGGUUGUCAAGACGAUGCACGCUCACAGCCAGUUCUGUCUGAGUGGCGACACGACUCUCCAGGCCACGCUAGCUGCCAUAAAGACGCUGGCGAAAGAAGAGGCCGAUGAACGCUUCCUGAUCGUGCUUAGCGAUGCCAACUUCGACCGAUACGGAAUCCCUCCGACAAACUUCGGGCAGAUUCUUCGAUCCGAUGAUAACGUCAAUGCGUACGCGAUUUUCAUUGGCUCUCUUGGGGAUCAGGCCAUCAGGCUGACCAAGCAGCUUCCGAUGGGUCAUGCAUUCGUCUGUCUGGAUACUAAAAACCUGCCUCAAAUUCUGCAGCAAAUCUUUACCUCCACCAUGCUCUCCUCGAAAUGAAUCGUCUGCUAUUAAAGAAAUAUGUUGAUACGAUGGCUGUGUUUAGAAAUAAUUCAGUUCUCUUAUUUAAAGAGCGGAAGAUGCAGGGCGUAGCUGACAUGUAAACAUACUGGCGGCGAACAUUUUAACAUGCUGAAAAGUAUUUCAAAAAAGAUACAAAGAUGUAUUUAUUUGCUUCUGCUUCUGGUAAUUAUUUUAUUCCCGAUAUUAUAACUCAAUAUUAAGAUAACUUUAUCAGUUUAAACACUGCAAGAAUGCAAACAACUUGAACAACAGUAUUACGACAAAUUAUUAAAAAUACAACAAUCAAAGCACACUUGUUCACACGCUUUUCCCAAAAAAUGCUCGAUUUCCACUCGUUGACGCUUACGGCAUCGUCAUCGGCAAUGUCAUCCUUGCGAAUUGUGUCAGACACCUCUUCAUGAAAGUAGAGCGCGAUGCAUUGUCAGGGUCAGACCUGCCUCAGGGAUUUCAGCAGAUACGUCUUUGGUCGUGCAAGGGCGGUUAAUGGACUCUCGUAUAGCCAGAAUGUUAUGGAUGCUGCUGAUAACAACGAUCCCUGUUUUGACGUUCGUAACGGCGACUAGUGCAAAUAUUGGGACCGCGACCGCAGCCCUGAGAUGUGUUUUACAAUAUACGCUAUAUAUUGGGACCGCGACCGCCGCCCUGACAUUUGUUUUACAAUAUACGCUAUAUCGGGACCGCGACCGCCGCCCUGAGAUUUGUUUUACAAUAUACGCUAUAUAUUGGGACCGCGACCGCAGCCCUGAGAUGUGUUUGACAAUAUACGCUAUAUAUUGAUGUAUAUUUCACGCUGUUCUUCGUAUUCGCGUUUUUAACCAAUCAGAUUAAUUGGAUAUCCACUACUUUAAAGUGAUAUGGGCAUCUAACAGUAUAUGCUAUGUUUAUAGGUGUCUAUCUCAACCCAUGUUUAUUUUUGGUGUUUUCACUUCAUAUACACUUAUAUUUGUUAAUGCAGCAUCAACAUACUAAAACAAUAUCCCGAAAAUAUAAAAAUAAUGCAUUUCAAUAUCAACCGUUCUUUCGUUUUGACAACUGACGACAGAAAUGAUUCGAUGUAAGAUGUGAGUCUAAAUGUAGUUUUCAUGCAGAUUCGUUCAUACGACACAAAGACACACAAAAAAUUACGGAUCAUUUCGGCUUAGAGGACUGGGUGAGUCAUGUAAAAUAUCGAGUAUAAUAUAUAUUUUUUAUAAACAACUGGUAGCGAGAUGAGUUGUAGAUAAUUGGUCAGUUACCACAUUUUAUCUAACUCUUUGGACCUGUUUAUUCUUUUCAGCUCAAUUCAACUGUAAAAAAUGCCCAUAAUAUCACAGUUGAAUUUUCUUUUGCUUUAAUCGUAUUUUAUGUAUCAGCGUUUUGUUUAUAAAGUAAAAAUUGCCUAACCUCGUGUCACAUUUGAUGAGGAGGCUUUAUUUGAAGAUUCUAAAGGAUUCGGAUGUAUUAAUGUUGAUCAAGUGGCUGUUUAGAAAGGUCAUUGAAGGUGAAAAGCGGGGUUAAACAGCUAUGCCGAAUAAAUAUUCGAACAAGCAGAUAAAUCAGCUUGUACUCCAAAAAUGAUAAAAGAAGAGCAAUAUGCGUCUAUUAUGAUAAGUAUGCGAACUAGCAGAUGAAUUUGCUGAAUGUACAUGUUUACAAAAAUGAUUUUGUAUUACAACAAACCAUACACGAUAAAUAGAAAAAUUACCUUCUUUGUAACUGAAUGAUGAUCGGGAUAUAAGAAUGAUAAUGCAAGUAUUGCACACAAAGAAAGUUUAAUAGAAAACUUAAAAAAAAGACAUUUUAAGUUGAUCUCCAAUUGUAAUAAAAAGUGCUGAAUAACUGUUCCAAUAUCAGUUGCGCUUUAGUGGGAUGGUGUGGUUUUGAUUUAAUUUAGUUUAUAUUACUUUCAUAAUUUUCAUAGCAAGUACUUUUUCUUGAAAGAAAGUUUACGUAAAUGGGUUGUUCCCGAUGUAAAUGUUAGAUUUUAUUUUGAGGUGAAUAUUAUACAUACAUGAGUUGUAAUUAGGAAUAAUUACAAGUUGUUUCUUGUAAUUACAUAAAGACACUUAUGUUCAAAUAAAUAGCAUAUUCGAUACCUCUUUCGAACCAUUCUUUUAAUAAGAAGGUCACGUUAUUCUUUUAAAUAUCGUGAUUUUUCCCAAUAAUAAUUUCGCUGUUAUUGAUGAGGUUCAUCCAUGUAGUGUCCACCCAUAGCUCGUAUAAUCAUUGAGUCGCGUUCUGAUAAUACUGGGUUUAAUGCAUGUGCGUAAAGUGUCAUCCCUGAUUAGCCUGUGCAGUCUGCUGGAUGUUCGUGUAGAAGAAACUUCCUUUAAACGAAAAAUACCAUGAAAGCGGAAAGUGUCGUCCCUGAUUAGCCCGUGCGGACUGCACAGGCUAAUCUGGGACGACACUUUACGCUCAAUCAUUAAACCCGGUUUUCUCAGAACGCGUCUCAAUUGUUAUGUUUCCCUUUAUUGAUAAGUAUUGUAUAUUUGCAUGUUCAUAUUACUUUUGAAAUACUAAAACUCCUAACUUGCGUAUAUUAAUAAUGUCAAAAAUAUUUUCAUAUAUUUAUAUUAUGUUUGCAUUGCUUAUGUUAUAUUGAAAUACUUAAAUACCAUCGCCUUAGUUUGCAUUGAAUGUAAUAAAAUAUAGAAGUUUU